AACAAAUAUUCUUAUUUUGUAUUUUUAAAAACAACAUCUAAAUAUGGAUCCCGAAGAAAAAUAAUUAAUUGGUUCAAUACUAAGUGGUAUGUGAAUAUAAUGAUAGUGUGUUAGAUGAAAGCGAAGUGUAAAUGUACGAAAGGAAAUAGCCUCGAAAAAAGAGUAAAUUAUCACUGAACGCCAAAGAGUUUUAACCUACUUUGAUUAAUUCCAUUGAAUAAAUUGAAAUUCUUGGAGAAAAUUAUGGGAAUGACACUAUGACUUACAAUUCUACGAACACAUAACCUUAUAUGUACAUAUUCUAAUUUUACAUGUUAGAAUUAACGAAAGACAAAAAGAGAAGAAACCCUCUAUAAAAAUUCAUCAUGAUUUGAAGUAACUAUAAUUUUCCCCUAAAAAACACUAAACUAUGCAACCUAUAACGGAAGUUUAAACCUUCUUUUUGACAUUUAAUAGCCAUCCAACUCUGUAAGAAGAUAAUUAAGUUCAGCUAUAAUUGAGGCAAGAUGAUUACCAAUUUAGAAUGAGUCUGGUACCUCAUUUAAAUAUAUGUUAGGAAUAAAUAUGUGGUAAUUAGAAUGCAUCAAGAAAUCUGUAAAAGAUUUUUGACAAUGGUACUCCAUUAUAAAGAGGGAUGAUCUUCGAGACGAUUGAAAAAAAUUUAAUUAAGACUUCAAAAGAUUUAUUUGGAAAUUAUUUGGUUUAAAAAGUAUAUUUGUCAGGUAUUGUAACAAAAUUAUUGAUUUAGGUGAAAAAUAGUGGAAGUUCAGUUUAUUUUAUCAAUUGAAAGGUCAUAUUGUUGAAUUAUCGAAGAAUCAAUAUGCUUCAAGAGUGAUCAAUAGAAUGAUAGAAUUUUUAAAAGAUGAAGACUAUCAUUUUUAAACCGAAUUUAUGGAUGAGAUAAAAUACUAAGUCCGACAGCUAAUAAAUGACAACAAUGGUUGUUUUGUAUUGUUGAGUUGUUUGGAGAAUUUCGACUACAAACUGUGUGAAUAUAUGAAGAAACACAUAGAGUAAUCGGUGUAUUCGAUGUCAUAACACACCUAUGGAUGUCGGAUCAUAUAAUUUAUGCUUCAGAAACAACUCAAUUAAUCAUUAUUGGAUUAGAUUAUGGAUGUGUCCUAAUAGCUAUGUAUAUGCGAAUUCGGUAACUACAUAAUUUAGUUCAUAUUGAAGAGUAAUUUUAAAUAGCAGAAAAUGGAACUGUUCAGGAUUAUUAAGAGUAAUUUCCAAACACUAUGUUACAACAAAUACGGGAGCAACGUCGUUGAAGUUUUCCUCGAAGUCAUCGAAUAGGAAGACGUGAAAUUCGUUACCAAUAUUAUGUUGACUGCAGAUCAGGAGAGCAAGUAAAAAUGUAGUGUUACAUUGUAGUUAUUUGUUUGUUGCCUUUGCUACUCAUCCUUUUGGGAAUUAUGUCUUCAAAAAAUACCUAUAGUUAGAUUAGCAAUGUAUCCUUCCAGUUCUUGGAAUAAUGAAGAGAUAUCCCGAAUUACUAUAAUAAAUCAAUACUUCUGAAUAUGGGUAGAAGAUAUUCUCGGUUGUAGAACGAUCCAUUCAAUUUGUAUGAAUAAAAUGUUUGUGAAUUGUAUUAAGUUUGUAUUAUGCAGUAUAUUAAUAUCAAUGAAAUAGUAUACACUUCCACAUUAAAUUGUUCAUCAUUACUCUCCAUUUCGAUCAAAUGCUGAAAAAACAGUCAUUUAGGACGGCGAAAAUACUUUUCUGAUCGACCCUCAAUAUCAAUACUUGAGCAUAAGUAAAUGCAUUCUAUUAAAUUAAGUUGGAUAAGGAUCGUAUGGAGUGGUUUUUGCUGCCAAAGACACUAAAAAGGAUUCAGGAAGAGACUUAGUUGCAAUCAAGAAGAUAGUUAAGGCAUUUGAAUAAAGGCUCUUUGCAAAAAGAACACUCAGAGAAUUAAGACUUUAAAGGUUAUUCAGCCAUGAAAAUGUAUCAUUCUCAUCUAUCUGUGCAGGUGAUAUCUAUUGAGAAAAUAAUGCUUCCAAAGUCCAGAGAAGAAUUUGACGAUAUGUAUAGAAAACCUGGUAGAUUUUAGAUACAUAGUCUAAGAAUUAAUGGAAACAGAUCUGUCUACAAUCAUUAGAUAAUAAACCCAAUUGGACUAAGAAUAAAUCUGCUUCCUCUUAUAUCAAUUAUUGAGAGGGUUGAAAUAUAUUCAUUCAGCCAAUGUAGUUCAUCGAGAUUUGAAGCCCAAAAAUUUAUUGAUAAAUGGAAACUGUGACUUGAAAAUAUGUGAUUUUGGACUAGCCAGAGCCCUCGAUCCUCAAAUCAAAGUAUUCAAACCAAAUUCCAAAUUUAGCUUAAACCAAAAGUCUAUAGUCCCUAUGUUUAAACCAGAUGGUACCGAGCUCCUGAAUUGCUUCUCUAAUGGAGAGAUUAUAAUUAAAGCAUUGAUAUGUGGUCAGUGGGUUGUAUAUUUGCCGAGAUGCUGAGGAAGAAAAUCUUCCUCCCAGGAGCUUCAGCCAAAAAUUAAAUUGAAUUAAUUUUUGAUGUGCUGGGAUCUCCCAAUGAAUAAGUAUUACAAAUGGCUCCCAAAUCCCCCCUCUCCAUCAGCGUCAAUCAAAUGCAAAAAAAGAGAGGCAGGGAUUUUGAGAAACUGUUCCCGAAUGGAUCCAAAGAAGCCAUUGAUCUAUUGCGACAACUCUUCGAAUAUGACCCAACCAAAAGAAUAACUGCAGAACAGGCUUUAAAACACCCCUAUCUGUCCAAAUACCAUAUUCCUGAAGAUGAAGUACUUAUUUAAUCGACAUAGCCCAUAGCUGUUCCUGUGAGAUACUUAGACUUUGAAUUUGAAGAGUAUAAUCUGACUAUUGAAUAGUGGAAAGGUAUGUGUCAUACCUUAUAUUGCAGAUUGCAUUUAUGAGGAGAUUCUACUCUACCAUUAUCCUGAGUUCUCAAAGGAUUACGAAUCAAACAUUAAAAAAGGGUAUUCAAUAAUGAAGCACAUUGUUAACAAUGACAAUGCUAAGUAACUGGAUUAAAUACAGGAUGAAGAUGAGGAGGAUGAAGAGGAUGAUGUACCACAAAAUUAAUAAAUAUAAUGA